AUGACUUCGAAACUUGAAUCUACACUUCUUGAGGACGACAGGGACGAUGGUAGCAUCCGACGGACGCUCUUCGCGCAUUUGAGUGAGGGAAACUCGUUGCCCAAUCUGCGACUUUCAUCGCAUUUACUGCAAGGCCUUGUGGACCAGAGGAAGAGUCAUCUAUUCCGCCGGCUUCAUGUUCAUCUCCCACUGAGACGUCAGGGCAGCAGUCCCGAACUGGCUGCAUUGAAGAGAAUAGCUCCAUUCUGUACCGCCCUGAUGUUCAUAAUAACUCCCCGUCACACCCCGUCGGCCGACCCAACUAGGCAAGCAAAGGACGCAUUUGAGUCUGGUCUCGAUCCGCGCACCGAGCAGAAGCUUCGACACAUCCUAAGUCAUAUUCAGCAUGUUCGAGAAGUAAAUAUCCGCAUCCAUGGUGACUCCGAUUGGCCUGGCCCCACACCGACCGAUGACAUUCUCGUCACUCUCCGCCUGGCACUGCAGCGCGCCAGUUUGCCAAAGUUACGUUCCCUGCGGGUGGACACAUUGCAUGCUGCUGGAGUGAUGUACAUGCGAUGGGCCGGCUUUGGUGCUUUUACUUCACCGUUCGCUCCACGUCAAACUUCCUCACCACCGACGCAGAUCUGGACGAGUUUAGCUGAACUUGACCUUCGCAUACGCAAUCCAGUAGCCAGCCGAAAGCUUAGCGACAACCAGAUGAUGAUGUUCCUGCAAGUGCUGGAGGACUACCUUCGAAGCUUCCAUCGGACUCUGCGCUGUCUGCGGUUCGUGUGGCUCGAUGUCACAGGUCCCAGCCCACUGAUCUUCGGUGAUUUGCUCGAGAGGAAACAUCUGAUCUGGCAAAAUCUUCGGGAAUUCUCCUACGGGAAUAUAAAUGGAGCCAAUCAUAGCCUAGAGGUUCUGUCUGUCCGCAUGCCCCAAGUCAGAAGCGUCAAGGUACUGCGUACAUCGAGCACGCCCUCGACUGACAUAUGGGAUACGGUUCAAUUACCGAAAGGCAAGAAGCCUCUGCAAGAGUACCCGCUGAGUGCUGAGAAACACCCAAAGGACUAUGAGACCGAGAUUUCCUUGAUGCCAGCACCAUUGGCCGUGGUAAAUCGCAAUAAUACUGUACAUCCUGCUUUGAGGUCUCGUCGGGCAAGCAUUAUCUCGACAAUCAGCACUGUGUUCGACGCACCUGAUAUUGAUCAAGCUAUCAGAGAUAUUCGAGAUACCACGGAUCCUACGCCAGCUACCGGACUGUCGGAGCGUAAACUUGUACCCAAAUUCCGUAUGCCUGUUGCAAGCAGUGUCUAUUCGUGCGAUGAGGAUGGAAACUACAUUCCCGUCAGACAGAAGUGGAACAGGAAUAGCCAAUUGGUCAAUGCAGCCGAACGAGGAAAGACGGCGCUGUUGGACUCUGGACGCCGUCUUUCGAAAAGUUUAACUAUGGCGAAUCUUCAUGAUCUUUCUCAUUCAGAGGCCCCUCUUAGGGAUGAGCAUGAUGCUUCAGGUGGCGACAAGCGUGAAGCACAGGUUGUCGAACAGGGCAAAUCUAUAGGUCAUGAACCGCCAACGGUCCCACCUGCAACUUCAAAGCCGAGGAAGGCGCACAUUGAGAUUGGCAAGAUGCCAGCUUACCGUGCUGCGCAGGACCAGCGCUUGAAAGAGCUCCAAGAGAUUCAAUUGGCUCAACCCGCACGGAUUCGGCAAUGGGCGAAAGACAUCAAGAGUGGACGACCACCAAGCUUUGUCACGAUGAGAAGUGUCAACACGGUCAGCACGACAGGCAGUAGGCCUUUCACGAAAUUCAUUGAACACCUACGAGAGACUGGUAGACCUUCGCGACGCUGA